AUGUCAAAGAUAAUGGAGGGUAUCGAUAACAACAAUAAUGAAAACAAACAUUUGAAGCAUUAUUUGGAUAACAGUGGUGGCGGUAGUGGAGGCAGUAGUGGUGGAUAUGGUGAAGAUGAAGAAGAAUCAUUACAUAGACAGAAACGAAGGAAAUCACAUGUAUUUGGAGAAGAACAAGAUGAUAAUGAUUCAAUCAUCAUCCCACCACUAGUCAACAACAAUAACAAUAAUAAUCAACAACAACAAGCAUCAUCAGUACUGUUACAACAAUUACCCGAUAACCAAAUCAAUAAUAAUAAUACCUCCUCUUCAUCAAAUACUAAUAAUAAUAAUAUACCAAAGAAUGGAUUGAAUUCAUCAUCACCAAAUCAUUCACCAACUAGUAAUGGAAAUAAUAAUAGUAAUAAUAAUAAUAAUAAUAAUAACAAGGUGAGUGAAGAAGAUAUAUUGGGGACUAUAGCAAGUUUGAACAAAAACCGGUCACAGAGUGUUGUACAGAAACUGGUCGAUCUCACAUUUGACUAUAUUGUAAAGAAUAUCCACUCGAUCGAUACACUCAAGAAACUACCUGAAAAUUUGACCGACACACAAUGUGUUCCACUUGUACACUUGACCAACCUCACUCACCUCUCGGUCAGCGGUAACCCCGAUCUCACCGAUGCGUUCCUCGCACACCUCAAGCACUGUCCCCUCGUCGAGCUCAAUCUAUCGUACAACGAAAACAUAUCAGAGCACGGGUUCCAAAUGCUUCGUGAGCAAUCCGACACUAUCCACACCACACUCACCUCGCUGUCACUCAACAACUGUGCCGUCAAUGACGAGAUGAUGAAUCAUAUUGGCAAACUACUCCAACUCACCUCACUGUCGCUCAUCAACAACCCAUUCUCUGACAGCGGUGCCAAACACCUAUCCAACCUCCAGUCACUCACCUCGCUCGAUCUCUCCAUGUGCAAAGAGAUAUCCGACGUGACACUCGAAUCCCUACAAGCACUCUCUCAAAUUUCAAGAUUAAAUCUAAACUUUAAUCCCAAACUCACGUCCAACGGUAUGAGCAAAUUUUUAAAUCUAAGUCAUUUAACCUCUUUAGGUAUAAUUGGUUGUGAUGGUUUAUUAAUUAAAGGAAAAGUUAAACAUCGACCAUUAGUUUUACUUGUAGAAGAUAAUCCUUUCCAAGUUAAAUUAAUUACUCGAAUAUUUACAAGACAUAAUUUUGAAGUUGAAGUUGCAUCAAAUGGGAGAAUGGCUGUUGAAAUGUAUAAAAAUGCAAAUUAUAAAUAUGAAUUAAUUUUAAUGGAUAUUAUUAUGCCAAUAAUGGAUGGAUUAACAGCAACCAUGCUAUUACGUGAUUUUGAAAGAGAGAAUGGAUUGAGAAGAGUACCAGUGAUCAUUCAAACAGCCGAUAUGGAAAGACACCGAAAGGUAUGUCUUGCUGCCGGUUGUGAUGAUUUCAUGUUGAAACCAUUGGAUAGAAAUGUUAUCGAUAGAGCUAGAGAAUUCUUAACUUCAAAAUCUUAA